GCUUACGCAGUAGGGAGAGUGUCAUUUGUACACGGCCGUAGGGGUGGUGGUAGAUGUUGACAUUUUUUUCAGAAAAUAGUGCUUUAACUGAGGACUGCACGCUUAAAGCAUUUAACACCACAGUUUUGUAGUACUGCGCGUUAUUAUUUACCGACAAAAUCUACUUCGAUCUGUAGUUUGUAUUUUUUCACAUUGUAUAUACUGUUAAUUUUCUUCCCCGCGGCCUUGUUGUGUUUCGAGCCUCGUUGUUCAUUGGGUGUAAUCUGCUUCCGGUUGCUUCUAUUGGUGAGGUAUCAGCAUGUACAGACAAAACUUAGGAAGGUUACUUAAGGGGUGGAAGUUGUUCCCUGCAUCUCCCGGAAAAAUAAAUGUGACAGUAUGUCAGUUGGACUGUUUCACCACAUCAAGUCAGCAGCAUCAGGAAGUGAAAAAAAAUAAUGUAUUAACCGAGAGGCAUGGAAGCAUUGUGACAGUUGGGAUCAAUAGGCCAGAAGCUCGCAAUGCUGUUAAUACAGAGACAGCCCUACAACUGGUAGAAGCUUUCACUUCAUUUGAUGAGGAUGAUUCACUGACUGCAGCUGUGUUUUAUGGAGUAGGAAGUAAUUUCUGUGCCGGUUACGAUUUGAAAGAGUUAGCAUCUAAUCCAGCUGCAAUAAGAUUCGUGGAAGAUGUCACUACAGGUCGUGGUCCCAUGGGCCCCUCGCGUAUGCAGUUCUCCAAACCAGUGAUUGCUGCAGUGAGUGGUUAUGCAGUUGCUGGUGGACUCGAGUUAUCCCUACUGGCUGAUAUGCGUGUUAUGGAAAAGAGUGCUUUUACGGGAGUAUUUUGCAGGCGAUUUGGUGUUCCACUUAUCGAUGGUGGCACAGUGAGGUUACCAAAGUUGAUUGGCCUUUCUAGGGCACUGGACCUUAUUCUGACAGGACGCCCAAUUGGAGCAGAAGAAGCAUAUCAUUUUGGACUAGCCAAUCGAGUAGUCCCUGAUGGCCAAGCCCUGCAGCAUGCCAUGGAGUUAGCCAAACAGAUUUCUGCAUUCCCUCAGCUGUGUAUGCGUGCUGACCGAGCCUCAGCCUAUCACAGUGCCUUUGAUUCCUCUUCCUUUAUGGAAGCCUUGCAAUUUGAAUUUAAUGGAGGAAAGCAAGUUCUCAAAGAAGAGUCAGUUAAGGGUGCCAGAAGAUUUGCUGAAGGAAUUGGACGAGGAGGAAAGUUCUAAACCUAGGACUAAACUGUAUUAAUAUUAAUAAACCUUUUGAAUAUGUCUGUCUAUAUCAGUAUGUCAACGUUAGUGCAUAAGUGAAGGGAGUAUGUGCAGCCUUAGUCUUUUUCAUUCUAAAAAGUACAGUGUAUAUCAACAGAAAUUAGAUUUACAUAGUAAGUAACUUAACGAUUAAGUGCUGAUAAUGAUUAUGUUUGACUAAUAAAUAUAAUUUUUAUAUGGAAAUUUGUGUAUAAACUGGUUGCUUCCUUCUGCAAUACAGUGACUGAUAUAAUAUAGUUAAAGAAAAGUGAUAUUCCAGAAAACAGGUGGCUUCCAUUUGAAUUGCUUGUCAUGCACAACCUUUUUGAGUGCUAUUUUUGUAGAAUCACAUUUGAUUCAGAAUUUGCAUAAUUUGCUAAGAUGAGUACAGAAAAAAAGCCAACAUCCAAAAAAAAUGUAGACACCAUUUUUUGUACAUUUCCAAUGCUUGUUGAUCUGCAAGAUGCCAUCUCCUCUAUCUUAUUAAUUUUUUUCUGGAACAAUCUGUGGUUGAGUAUAAUACAACCUCUUACUGAGGGGAUCAUCUGUUUAUCAAGAAUUUUAAUUGCAAGAGGCAAGGUGGGGUCAGCUUUCGGCCUGCCGUAUGCUGGAUCCAGUUGUUUUCUGCCAUAUUCCCUGUCAUUAGUCAACCUUCACGUAUAUAAUGACUGAAAAUUAGUUGUACACAGUCCUACAACUGUUCAGAUGGUGGUUCCUUCUGCAUUGUUGAAUCUGUUUUGACUCUUGGUUCCUGAGGCUGCCGACAGCUCAGCAUUUCAGCAGAACCACCUACAAAGUGAUGAGUUGAGAACUGGUUGCAUAUUCCACAUUCACUAAGAAACCAUUCAGACAUGUUCCUGAACUUUGCUCCCCAGUAGUCUGAGGAAAUGUAUGCCUUACCUUUGCAGCUAUGGAUAUGUACUCCAUUUGUGAACUUACUACUGGCAUGUAUAAAGAUCAAUGGGCCAACCUCCAGACUCUAUCCCCCUUUAAAUGAAUAACUAGUAUGAGUAACCUGCAGUAAGAGAUAUCUCUAAUUAGAAGAGAGAUGCAGUUGUAAUUAUAAAAGAAGGCAACAUGUGCAAAUACAGUUUUCCGAGUGGGGAAAGAGAGAAAGAGAGCACUUUGGUGGGUUCUUCUUCCUAAUUCUGUUUUAAGUUCUGCUUUAGUCAGUAACUUUGGAUUCAGUUUCACCACCCAUGAUGUACUUUUAUUACACUUUGUUGGUUUAAUCUGUCAUAAAUUAAUAAAAUGGAUCUAUAUUUUA